CGUUUGAAGUAAACAGUAUGGAUAUUUGCCAAUUCAGAUUUUAUAAAAUAUGGUUAAAAUAAUAUAAUUAAAUGGUGUUUUGUCGAUGUUAAAUAAAAACGCAUAAAAAUGUGGCCCAUGCUCUUGACCAUGACUCGCGACGAAUGUCGCCGUACGCUCCGUAGACUUGAAUUGGAAGCCUACUCGAAUAUGAUCAGUGUGUUCAGAGCACAGGGGGCAUUGGAAGACAACAGAAAAAAGUUACUGGAAGAUCUACGCGCCGUUUUGCAUAUAAGCAACGAUCGGCACAGUGCUGAGGCACGCCGCGUGUCUAAUGACGAAUUAUUAGCCACAAUUGCAGAGCAACUAUCAGGUCCCAACACAGGGCUAGCAUGGAUAAGCGAAGGUCGAAGGAGAGUACCGCUCCUGCCCCGAGGCAUCGCUCAGACUAUGUACACCGAGAUUGCGGAUAGAGCCGCGGAAGCAGCGGCUGCGGAGAAUAAAGAGCUCUCUAAAAAGCUUGAGGCGGAGAAAAUGGUUACACCUAUAUCCAAUGAAGAGGAAAUGCCAGAAGCUGAAGGAGAAACUGCCGAGGGAACACUUUCGUCAAAUGACACCGCUGAUGAAAUGACAUAUCCCGUUGCCAUGGAAGACCAGACCAGCAAAAUAUGGGAAACGGAACUGAUGAGCCGCAAAAGAAAAAACCCAGAAAGUGGUACAUUACCAGAUGAUACCUCUACUCCGGUGAAAAAUAUGAGAAAUAUUCCUGUGAACACCAACCAGAAACAUCUCAAUUUGUCACAGAUAUACUCCAAGUUCUCACAACCAGCAUCAAGUAAAUCAUCAGGGCAGUCAAAGCAUUCAUAUAACCAAGUGAGCAAAGUGUCAACUAGCAAAUCCAGUCAACCCCAUCAACCGAGGUCACACAAACACAGAUCACACAAACAAAGCGCCAAAAGUGCCCAAGCUGCUAUGUCUAAAUCUCAAAUGAAAAAAUCACAAGAAAUGCCUUUGUCUCCGGGCAAGCAGUACAACCCUACAUCUAUGCAGCUUGAGUAUUCUGGCCCUCCCAACACGUUCCAGGCUAGCUAUGCUCAGUCGGUACUUGGCAAGAAACCUGAUUAUAUGGAUGAACUUAAACCUAAAGUGCUCUCCUCGCCCGGCAUGGUGACAGAUUCCCCUACAAUGCAGCUCCUAACCCAACCAGCCACUGUCCCUCACGAGCUCGGCGUCUCAGACAACAUCCACCCCGAUGACGCGACCAUGCUCCAGGCCCAGGGAACCCCCUCCACUAAACACUCGAUAAGCAACAAACCCUGCCACCUCAUCAUCAAGAAGAGAGGCGAAAUCACUCCCGACAAAAAAGUACAAAUGUCCGAACUUAAAAUAUUACAGAAAUCCAGCGAUAGCGGCAUCAAAGUACUCCAAAACCGACAAGUAGUUAUUGCGCCGAGUUCGGCUCAAAAAGCACUAAACACGCCUGGGAAACUCAUCACCACUAAAGUUAUCAGUUCGAUAGCCAAACCUCGAACUUCGGGCACCCCGGUUUUAACGGAAAAAAUGAUUGUGGUAUCCAAACCGUCGGAAAUGAAGGGCAUGCCCAGUUCUAAAAUCAUUAUCACGUCGGGCGCGAGUACACCGAGUAGAGACGUUCCGGUUAGUACAAAUAGCAUAUCACCUAUAACCACGGAAACAUUCACCCCGAAGGGUAUUCCCGCCACUGAUUUGAAAGUUUCAGCUAAAACUGUCGUUUUGAACCCAAAAUCAGGCCAAAAAAUGGUCGUGUUGCCGGCGAAAGCUCGGACGAAAACGGUUACCGAAGGACAACUUCCCUUAUUACAUUUCAAAGGUCUAUCGGGAGCCAUGAAGUUGGUGCCGGUCAGUUCGCAGCCCGCAACCCAAGUAUCUAGGACGCCGACGGUCACCGUGGUUUCAAAACCUACAGUAGUCAGUUCGAUUCCUUCAAAUGCAAAAAUCGUCGGCGUUGAACCGAUCAAAACGGCUAACUUAGCCGACAUCGUCCCCGUCAAGGGUCUCGCUCCCGUAACAACCCCCAAAAUCACGAAUCCGAUCGUUCGUCCCGCAAACACAAAGGGCAACGUCAUCGUCGUUCAAAAGGGAACGCCUAUUGGAAAAGCGUUGACGUUUUCGAAAAAUGGGAACGACAUGUCCAAAAUAAUAAUGGGUAAGAACGUAAAUCAGCUCCUACAAGCGUCUAAGUCGGACCAAGUGGAUGCGGCGAAAUGUGCGGGGAACGUAAUAGUGCUCGAACUCAAUAACGAACAGUCCGGUCGUCCGACGACCAUGUCCGAAAUAUUGGAUAGCAGGGUCAGCACCGCCGCCCGCGUGCCCGAGGACAGCACUAAAGUGACGGAGAUCACCCAAGACACUCCUGUACUAUUCGAAACCCAAAUCACUGACGAAAGUUGCAAUCCCAACAGCUUAGACUCCACCGCCGAGAGUAUAGGAGGAAUCGAACCCAUGGAGGAUUCGAGCAUACCUUCCUUAGAAAAGGAGGUAGAGAAAUCAUUCGGUAAAGAUGUGGAGGGCAAAGACUCCUCGAGUGUCACAGAUUGGGAAAUGGAGCUGGAUGGGGUAUCACGAAAGGGGAAGGAUGACGACGACAAGCUGAACUCCUUGCAUUUGGAUCUCGGUAUGUCGAGUGACAGCGAAAACGAGUACAUGGUGGAUAGACACAAGUCGAAGAGCAAGCACUCGUCGCAGGACAGCAUACAGCGGGCCACGGUCAGCGGGGAGUCCAACGAGAUGUACGGUUCUGCGUCGGGUCUGACGCUGGCGACGCGGACCCUGCUGAGCCAGUUACAGGACGACGGGUCGUCGAGCAACGAUUCGUCGUUCGCGCUCAAGGCGAAGGCGGCUGCGAAGUCGAAGGACGCGGACUCAAAGGUCGACCGGUCGGAGUGCGACGCGCUGACGAAGGCUAAAGAGAAGUUAUCGGAGAAGGUAGCGGAGGCGAAGUCGCAGCAGAAGCGGAUAGACAUCUACAGCACGGCGAUCAGCUCUUCGGACAUCAACCUGGAUUCUUUCGCGUACCUGGACGAGGGUAUGCUGGCAGGCGACGACGUGUUCUGCGAGGACAAGCGGCGCCGCGCGCUCGACGACCAGCUCUGCCGCCUGUUGGGCGAGGACUCCGCCAACUCCACCGACUCACAAACUGUAAGUGAAACUAUGCCUUUAAGCAAAUGAGCAAUAUACUUAGAUUUAAAGUGGUUAACGUUUCUUUAAAAUGUAAUAGUGGUUAAGACGGGACAUAUAAUGUGAAGUGUGAAGUGAACUGACGAUGGUAAUCUCCGGUUUUGUUUUGGUCUGUUCGAUUGUAAUUUUUGAGUGUUUCUACUGAGUGAUGUAUUUUCAAUGCGUAAAUAGAGGCU